CACUAGCUACAAGCCAGUCAACAUUAAACACAACACCAAUUUCAGCAAUAUGAAAUCUUUCAUCUGUUUGGCCCUUUUCGCUUGCCUUAUGGCUUCAGUUUUGGCCUGUGAUCCCGAUGGCAACAAUCAACCCACCUGCGGCUCUGGCAAUGUAAAUGUGCCCAUUCGCAACUUCUGGGAUCCCACCGCUUACUGGUUGUGUAGCUCUUCAGGAGCUACCGCUGACUUGGUUCGUUGUCCCGAUGCUCACUUGUUCGAUUCUGCUAAGGGCGAAUGUGUUAUGUGGAAUGAAUGGGAAUGGACCUUCCCUUGUCCCGAAAAUAACUAAUUUGAAAUGAAAUAAAAAGGAUUUU